UGUCACAGUUACAAUUUACCAAUUGUAAGCGACGGACGCGCUGCUCGCUCUAACGGACAGGAAAACGCCAAGAAAAGCUCCCUCUUUCUCUCUCUGUCUGUCUGCCUGUCUCUUCGCUCUCUGGGGGCCCAGACAGCCUAACGGUUCUUCAGGAGCUUGCCUUUGCCUGCUGCCUGCUGCCUGCCUGCCUUCUAAUACCAAAGCAGAGUCGCGUCGGGCCGCCUCGUAUAAAAUCUGUUGCAUCAUUGCGGUGGCACUUCAGUCGUUCGAGCGCGUGCGGCCGGAGAAGUGCAGUGUUAACAACGAUUACAACAACAAGCAAACAACAAUACAAAAAUGCGUGGCUGCAGUAAACAUUUAAGCGGCAAAAAAUGACAAAAUUUACCAAUUUGUGAGAUAAAAAAGAAACAUUUCCAAAGACAAACUUACCUCAGUGCAAUGGUUUAGGACUUAGAGCCAACCAACAGAAACAAAAAAAAAAACAACCAUAAAUUCCCCAACAAAACUUUCGCCUAAAAUCAAUCAAAAUUAUCGGGCAAAAAGGCAUCAACAUUCUACCCUCAUUCGGGCAACUAAAAAUGCUGAACAUGGAAUCGCCACAGAUGUACGCCGAUGCCGUGCAGACGCUGGCCCAGCUGGACCUCAAGAAGCCGCCUCCCCAGCAGGCCACCAUCGGCCAGAUCACACUGACGGCGAUGUCCACUGCCCAGCAACAGCAACAGCAACAGCAGCAGCAGCAGCAACAAAAUCCUCAACAGCAGCAGCAGCAGCAACAAAAUCCUCAACACCAGCAGCAGACAACGGAUGCCAACAACAAUACGUCCCAGGAUGCGGCACUCCUUGUGAAGCAGCAUGCCAUGCACCAAAUGCAACAGGCGGCCCUCAACGGCAACAACAACAACAACAGCAACAGCGUGAACAACAAUGUGAACAACUUGCUGCAGAAGCAAAUGCUGCAACAGUACACCACACAGACGGAUCUCGACGAGCUGACGACCCAAGAGAUUACCCUGGACCUGCAGCACCUGAUAGAUGACCAGUUCCGGGACACGGAGACGCUGGGAAUCUUCAGCGACAUGGUAACCAGUCCGGGUGGACUCUCCGCCACCCUGCCGCCCAAUGGAAUGGUCAGCGCCGCAGCCAAGGUGUUGCAGCAACAGACGCUGAGGAAUCAGCACGGUUACGGGCGGGGCGGGGCACUGGCGUACAUGCCGCAGCCCGUGCACGCCACCUACAACAAUUCCAGCGACGAGAACAGCUCCGUGGGCUCCGACUCCAGCACGAUCAAGGAGGAGCCAAUCGACCCCGAGUAUCGUCGCCACCUGCAGGAAGCGGCCAGCCAGCAGGCAAGCAACGCGGCCGCCGCCUUCAUGUCCAAUGGCAAUGGGCUGUACAACGGGUACGGGUCCGCAGGGAACGGAAUAUCCGGCAACAGCACCAGCGGCACCCUCAACGGUAGCACUACCCCGAACCACAGCAGCAGCAAUGGCAGCAACGGCAGCAGCGGACCCGUAAAUGGCAGCCAGUUCACGAAUCUGACCACGGCCAAUGUGCUGGCACACCACAACCUGCCACACCUGGCGGCCGCCGCCGGGGCCCAGCACCUGUUGAAGCAGCACAGUAAGCUCCAGCACGCGGGUCAGCACCAGCAGCACAACCACCACCGGAAGCACGGAAACAAGCACGUUGACAAGGGCACCGAGGAGUACCGGCGUCGGCGAGAACGCAACAACAUUGCGGUGCGCAAGAGUCGCGAGAAGGCCAAAGUCCGGUCGCGGGAGGUAGAGGAGCGCGUGAAGAGCCUGCUCAAGGAGAAGGACGCUCUCAUCCGGCAGCUGGGGGAGAUGACCAACGAGUUGCAGCUGCACAAACAGAUCUACAUGCAGCUGAUGAACCAUGCCAAUCCCGAAGUGAGUCGCGUCUGUCGGAGCUUCCUCAACACCAACGAGCACUCACUGUAGCCGUGAGUGUGUGUUGUGAAUGAGUCUGAGUGUGAAUGAAUGAAUGAAUGAGGAAUGAGUGAGUGAGUGUGUCUGUGUCGCCAAAUCAAAGAUUUAAAAUGCUGUGUGGGUAGCAUGUAAGAACCAUUUUCCUUUUUGCUACUAUUCAUCAACUUCUGCAAUCUUUUUUUUUUUUUUUUUGUACUUAAUUUUAACGACUGUAACAUAUAUUUCGCACAUCUAUAAAUAUAUAUCUAUGCAUAUUAUCAUAAAGUUAAGCCAAAGAAAAAUGUUGAAAAUAUUUAUGUAAAAACGCGCAGGAAAGAAAACGGAAAAUACAAAAAAAUUAAAACUAUUUAUACAGAAGAAACAAAACAAAAAAAAACAAACAAAAAACAGAAAUCAUAUUUUUACUAUUGUAAUUUUUUACAUUUCUUGAAUGGUGUGCGGCUUGCGCCUACAUGCUUUAUGCCACGCCCAGGCCCUGCUUUAAACACUGAUCCAACAUUAGCAAAUCUCUAGAUCGUAAGCCUUUUCCCAAAAAGAAACCUCCCCCCACUCACUACCCCUACCCCUGCCCCUACGCAUAUCCCUACCCGGUACUAACAGUAAUCUAGCGAAUGCGAUGAGAAUACGGAAAAUCUGAUCCGUGGCUGCUGAGAGCGCGGAAGAUAUGAAUGCUAUUAACUUGUAAGGCCAACGCAAUGUUCUCAUUUUAAUUUAUAAAUUCGUAAAUUAAAUAUACAUACAUACAACAAGAAACCAACAAACGCAAACUGUAAAGCAACUCUAAAUAAAUUAAAUAAAAUUU